AAGUUAUUUUAAGAAAGAAAGAAAAAGUAGGAAGCAGUCGUUGAAGCCGAGCCAAGGCGGCAAAAAGCGACCGGACCACCACCAUCACCUGCCAUCACCGCCACAAUUCCGUCUGCCACAGAAUUUUCAAAUUGCUUUAUGGCGUUUUUAAUUAUUGUCAAUCGCUGAAAAUGAUAGAGAAAGAGAAGUAGAGCCGUGGAUUCUACCUUUGGGAUUCAGUCAAUUUUGGGGAUCUCUCUGUAUCUGCGAUUGGUGGUGGAUAUGGCGCAGAUAGGUCAGACGGAGGUGUGUGCGCCGAGGUCUGUGCAAGUAUGGCGAGCCUUAGUCGAUUGGCUCUCUUUCUUUUGUCAUAUAAUUGUUCAGAUCGUGCGCGGUGCUCCUUCCUUGGCUCAGAUUUUGUCCUAUGUCGGUGUUAGAUUCCCUCUUCUUGCCUCAUCUGGGUCCUCUUUUAAGCCCUUGCCCGUCUCUGAACUACCUCUGCAUCAGUUUUCAGCAACGAAAGUUAGCUCUCUCAGUGGUGUAGAUGUUGGUGGAACUCAAGAUCGCCCUCUGGAAAAGAUUACGGUGGUUCUUGAUUUGGAUGAAACCUUAAUAUGUGCAUAUGAAACAUCCAGUUUGCCUGCCGUUUUUCGCACUCAGGCAACUGAAGCUGGCUUGAAUUGGUUUGAGCUGGAAUGUGUCUCCUCGGACAAGGAAUAUGAAGGAAAGCCAAAGGUCAGUCAUGUGACUGUAUUUGAACGGCCUGGAUUGCAUGAGUUCUUGCGUCAGGCUGCUGAAUUUGCUGAACUCGUUUUAUUCACUGCUGGCCUUGAAGGAUAUGCUAGACCACUGGUCGAUAGGAUAGAUUCAGAGGGAAGAUUCAGCCUUCGACUUUAUCGACCAUCAACGGUUAGCACAGAAUACCGAGAACAUGUUAAAGAUCUAUCAUGUAUACAGAGCGAUCUCUCUCGAAUUGUUAUUAUUGACAACAACCCUUUUAGUUUCUUGCUGCAACCAUUGAAUGGAAUACCAUGCAUCCCGUUCUCUCCAGCACAGCCUUCUGAUAAUCAGCUUUUAGAGGUCCUCCUCCCGCUCCUCAAACGCCUCGCCCUGGAAAAAGACGUCAGACCGGUACUUUACGAAAAAUUUCACAUGCCUGAAUGGUUUCAGAUUCAUGGAAUUCCUUAGCCUGAGAAAAUUACUACAAGACAGACAGUAGCUAGCAUGUUAAGUACUGGAGCAUGCUAUGAAGUCAGUCAGCACAUUCUUUCCAUUUAGAUCUUAGGUGAAUUAAGAAGAAAUUCAUGAGAUAUAUCCACAAUGUAUGUUAUUUCAACCUUAGGUUAAUAUAUUGAUACAGCAAGACUGCAACCAUUAUAAUAGCUGUACUCUUAAAUCUUAAUUCUUUUGUAUAAUUACCCUUUAGAACAUCAAAGAGGAAAUCAAACUUUGUAGCUUAAAAUAAGCUCCCUUGCAUUUUCAAUACCAUGCUUCUGUUUACUUGA